GAGAGAAGUCACACGUCAAGUGUUGAGUGCUGUUGCUGACGCUGAAGAGGGCCGCCCUGCUGUAUGCGGACGUGCCUUCUUCCUUGAUGCGCCAGGAGGUACGGGGAAAACGACCGUCGCCAAAUAUUUAGCAGCGAAAUUAAGGGCAGAACAGAAGGUAGUCCUAUGUACGGCGUCAAGUGGAAUCGCGGCAAUUAAUAUUGAGGGUGGUCGAACUGCGCAUAGCAUGUUCCGACUUCCACUAGAUUUCAGCGAUGGUUCCAAAGUUUGGGGUCUUACAAACGGAAGUCAGCGUGCCGAUAUGGUUAGGCAUGCAAGCUUGAUAUGGCUUGACGAGGCGCCCAUGCUUCAUCGGUACUUUGUAGAAAUUAUUGAUAGGUCCCUCCGGGAUCUUAUGAAAGUUGCCGAACCAUUCGGUGGUAAGGUUGUCGUCCUGAGCGGUGAUUUCCGUCAGUUGGCCCCUGUUGUACCGUACGCUACAACGUUAGCUGAAAUAGCUGCUGCCUCAUUGCGCUCCUCGCCGAUCUUUCCUGGACUACGCCGUAUGCAUCUUACUGUCGCUCAUAGGCAGGCUGGCAGCGAUGACUAUGUUGCAUUCCUCAUGCAAGUAGGGAACGGCACAAUCGCACAGCACACACUCGCAGACGACAGCGUUGGUGUAGUGGGGUUGCCUUUAGUCAGCAGUGUGCCGGAUGGAUCAAAUUUGAUUAAUUUUGUAUUUUCUCGUGACCUGCUAUCGGAUCCCGAUGAGUGUGCGAAGCGGGCUGUAUUGUGUACACACAAUGUUGAUGUUGACGACACAAACCAUCAAUUGUUACAGGAUGUGGAGGGUGAUGAGAUUGUGUGCGCUAGCGCUGACUUUGUACAUGCCGAGGAUUUGGCACCGGGGGAAUUCAUUGAUGAUGAACUUCUUCAUCAAGCCACUGGCAAAGGUGUUCCUCCUGAUUUGCUCCGGAUCAAAAAGGGAGCAGUUUGCAUGAUAACGAGGAAUUUAAAUUCAGACGAUGGGCUGGUGAAUGGUUCGAAAGUUAUCGUCGUCGAUGUUACACCAAGACUUGUGAUUGUUCGGCUACCGGGAAGCCAGGAGCGUAUGGGAAUUCCCCGU